UUGACAUAGAAGGAAGUUGUCGACCGCUCGUUUGAAUUGUAUAUUUAUAUGGCUAAAAUAAACUAAUAAACUAUAUAAAACACUUAUUUUUCAUAAUAUGUAAAUUGAGAAAAUGUACAUUUCUUUGUAAAUGAUUUGGAGUUUAUUCAGUUAAAGAUAUGAAACAAGCAUGAACAAUUAUACAAUUGACGGAAACUCCAUCCUUGAACGGACUAGAUAUGAAAUAUUCCGGCAUUUACUUCCAUUGAUUGUAUGCAUGAUACUGUUUGGUGCCGCCGGUGUUGUCGGGAAUAUCCUCACCUUUAUAUUCUACACGUACAAGUCCAAGCGGUCCACUACAGUCCUGCUGAUUGCUUGUUUGGCAAUUGUAGACCUUAUAGUAUGUGUCUUAUUCAUUCCUAACAUUGUAGAGAUGUGGGUGAAUGUGAAAUAUACUGCAAGUUUCAUUUGCAAGUUGACACAUUUCGUUGGGCUUUGGACAGUAGCUUGUUCUGGUUUGAUACUUUGGGUUGUAGCUAUCGACCGACACAGAAAAAUAUGCAGUCCGUUUGGAAAGCAAAUGACAUUAAUUACAACAAAAUAUGCUGUCAUUGCUAUUGUUGUUUUUGGAUGUACUAUGUCUGUGAGAAAUUUUGCAAAUUUUGAUAGUGUUGAGGUUGAUGUAAAAGAUCAUGAAAGAAACGAGACUAUACACGGCCGGUAUUGUACGACAAGAGAUGAUGCAAGUUAUACAGUCAGUGUUACCGUCUUCACUGUCAUUGACUUUCUUCUUAUGCUAAUGGUUUGGCUUACAUUAGCCGUGGCCUACUCUCACAUCAUUUACACUAUUUUUAAGUUAAAGAAGAAAAGGAAACGUUUGCAUCAAAAGGAAAGACUGGAAAUACACAAUCCAUCAUAUGAAGCUGAAGGACAAGAUAAUUCUGGCACACAGCCGCAGCAAAGUCAAAGUUCCUUUCCGUCAACAUCCGAUACAAUGAAAAAUGAAGAACAAAAUUCUAUAAAGCGACCUUUUUCAGAACACGAGAACUCAGAUAGAUCUAGCAUUCUGGGUAACACACCUAGUUCGUGUUCUAAUGGAGAUGGUAAACAAAUACUAGAACUAGAUAUUUCUACAGAAGACAGUCGACAGAGUGUUUUAUCAGGUGAUUCGGUUACGCCAGCAAGUUCUAGCAUCACAAAUCCACGACCAAUCGAAGAACAAACCAAUGAAAAUUCAUCUUCUCAUGAUAUUAAGCAUUUACAAGAUGAAAGGGCUAUGCAAUCGGACAGUUGUCCUAAGUCCACUCUGCAUAAACGAUUUCGGCGACGUAAAACACCCAAAAAAUACAACAGCGCUAAAUGCGCUGUAGAAAGAAACUUAACGUUUAAGAUGCUCGCGGUAUCUAUAGUAUUCAUAGCUUGUUUCACGCCGUAUUUCGUUAUAAAAAUUCUCAUGCGAGAGGUUUUGAAAUCGGGAGAAGAGUAUGAACUAAAUAUAUGGGCUCAGAUUUCAUUGCGACUUCCGUAUAUGAACAGUGUGUUUAACCCAGUGGUUUACUGUGUAUUUAAUCCCCAGUUCAGAUUGUACAUAAAGAGUGUAUUUCUUGGCUUAAUCUCUAACUGUUUUCGCAAAACCAAAUAUUUGUUCAAGUCUUGAAAUACAACAAGUGUCAGCGAAAGUUUUGAAAUACUGACUAUCCAGUAUUUAUGUACGCAACAACGCUUUUAACAAAACUUCUUAAAACCUUCGUAAAUAUGAUUUGUUAUCUAUAUUGUAUACAUGUAUAGUUUUUGUUCAUUAUACGCAUGUUUUAUUGUUAAUAUUGUCAUAAAUAGAGAGAUUUAGAUCUAAAAAUAAAGCAGCAGUAU